AAGUAUAAAAAGACACCGGCAUGUCAUAAGGUCUGCACACAGUCUAAAGACACUCACAGGAUCACACCACAGGAAAACCCACAGGAGCAGCCUAGCACACUUUUGGGCCUCUUCAUCAAGGGAAGACAAGCUCAGUGAUAUAUUUGGCAACUUUCAACCCAGGAUACAAAAUACACAAUUAAGAUGCCUGAGAACGCCGGCCCAGUUAUGGAGGAAGAAGUGGAGACCUUUGCCUUCCAGGCUGAGAUUGCUCAGCUUAUGUCUCUUAUUAUCAACACUUUCUACUCAAACAAAGAGAUCUUCCUCAGAGAGCUUAUCUCUAACUCCUCAGAUGCCUUGGACAAAAUCAGAUAUGAAAGCUUGACAGACCCCAGCAGACUUGAGUCAUGCAAGGAUCUAAAGAUCGAAAUCAUGCCAGAUCUGCACGCUCGCACUCUGACCCUUAUUGACACCGGUAUCGGCAUGACCAAGGCUGACCUGAUUAAUAAUCUGGGAACAAUUGCCAAAUCUGGAACCAAGGCUUUCAUGGAGGCUCUUCAGGCUGGAGCUGACAUUUCCAUGAUUGGUCAGUUCGGUGUGGGUUUCUACUCUGCCUACCUUGUGGCUGAGAAGGUAACUGUCAUCACUAAACACAAUGAUGAUGAACAGUAUGUGUGGGAGUCUGCAGCAGGAGGCUCAUUCACCGUCAAACCUGACACAGGAGAACCUAUUGGCAGAGGCACAAAAGUCAUCCUUCAUCUCAAGGAGGACCAAACAGAGUACUGUGAGGAAAAACGCGUCAAAGAAGUUGUUAAGAAGCACUCACAGUUUAUUGGCUACCCCAUUACACUUUAUGUGGAGAAGACAAGGGAAAAAGAGGUAGACCUGGAGGAGGGAGAAAAAGAAGAGGAGGUUGAGAAAGAGGCCACUGAGGACAAGGACAAACCAAAGAUUGAAGAUGUUGGCUCCGAUGAGGAUGAAGAUUCAAAGGAUGGCAAGAACAAGAGGAAGAAGAAGGUCAAGGAGAAGUACAUGGAUGCUCAGGAGCUGAACAAGACUAAGCCCAUUUGGACCCGUAACCCAGAUGACAUCACCAAUGAAGAAUAUGGAGAAUUCUACAAGAGUCUCACCAAUGACUGGGAGGAUCACCUGGCUGUCAAGCAUUUCUCAGUGGAGGGUCAGCUGGAAUUCCGUGCCUUGCUCUUUGUUCCUAGAAGAGCUGCAUUUGACCUUUUUGAAAACAAGAAAAAGAGAAACAACAUCAAGCUUUACGUACGCCGUGUCUUCAUCAUGGACAACUGUGAGGAACUGAUUCCAGAGUACCUCAAUUUCAUCAAGGGAGUGGUGGACUCUGAGGAUCUGCCUCUAAACAUCUCCAGAGAAAUGCUACAGCAGAGCAAGAUCCUGAAGGUCAUCCGCAAGAACCUGGUCAAGAAAUGUCUGGAGCUUUUCACUGAAUUGGCUGAGGACAAGGACAACUACAAGAAGUGCUACGAGCAAUUCUCAAAGAACAUAAAGCUUGGCAUCCAUGAAGAUUCACAGAACAGAAAGAAGCUCUCUGAGCUGCUGCGUUACUACACCUCUGCCUCUGGAGAUGAGAUGAUUUCCCUGAAGGACUAUGUUUCUCGCAUGAAAGAAAACCAGAAACACAUUUAUUACAUCACAGGUGAGACUAAGGAGCAGGUGGCUAACUCCGCCUUUGUUGAGCGUCUUCGCAAAGCCGGCUUGGAAGUCAUCUACAUGAUUGAGCCAAUUGAUGAGUACUGUGUACAGCAGCUGAAGGAGUAUGACGGCAAGAACCUGGUUUCAGUGACCAAGGAAGGAUUGGAAUUGCCUGAAGAUGAGGAUGAGAAAAAGAAGCAAGAGGAGCUCAAAAAUAAGUUUGAGGACCUUUGCAAGAUCAUGAAAGACAUUCUUGACAAAAAGAUUGAAAAGGUCACUGUAUCCAACCGCCUGGUUUCUUCACCCUGCUGCAUUGUCACUAGCACCUAUGGGUGGACAGCCAACAUGGAGAGAAUCAUGAAGUCUCAAGCCUUGAGAGAUAACUCCACAAUGGGCUACAUGACAGCUAAGAAGCACCUUGAGAUCAACCCCAUGCAUCCAAUUGUUGAGACCCUGAGAGUUAAGGCAGAGGUUGACAAGAACGACAAAGCUGUUAAGGACCUGGUCAUUCUCCUGUUUGAGACUGCCCUGCUGUCUUCAGGAUUCACACUGGAAGACCCCCAGACACAUGCCAACCGUAUCUACAGAAUGAUCAAGCUUGGUCUUGGUAUUGAUGAUGAUGACUCCGCUGUUGAAGACCUGAUUCAGCCUGCUGAUGAGGACAUGCCAGUCCUGGAAGGCGAUGAUGACACUUCAAGAAUGGAGGAAGUUGACUAAAUGCUUUCUGCCUUCUAUUUCUCUCGUUUGUUUGUUUUGUUAAGUUAUUUAGCUUUAUCAAACAAUUCAUUCUUACAAAUAAUUCAGUUCAUAACUUCCCUAAACGCAGAACAUUGUGGUUAACACAUUAUUUCAGUUGCUUAUUUGUAUUACUGAGAACCACUUAGAGUAUUAUGAAGUUACAGGUAAUUUGACUUGUGUCUUUUUUGUAACUGACUUUUUUAAUGAAAUGCAUUCAUAUUUCUAAUAAAUCACUUUUGGAAAUAA